AUGGUUGAAACGGCAGGGGGCCUUCCGCCAGAACAAUACAUGAUCCAACAAGGAAAGGAAAGGAGAGGGCAUCGCCUAUCGAUCGAGUCCGACCUAUGGGAUGCUAGGUAAAGGCCACCCGUGUGCAGUCAAUCCCCUUUUCGCGCCAUUUUCCAUCCUUUGUUCCCAACCGACACUAUUCUUUUCAAUUCCUUUGCGGUGUGUUAUCUUUGUUCUAAGUGUAUAGACAGGCUUUCAAAAAAAUAUUUGUUAGCUUUUUUUGGUAAUAUUAGAGUCGUUUUAUCUAUUUUUGGAUUGCGGGCAAGAUUUUUUUAUGCGGUUUGCAAGUAAGGUAAAAAAAUGUGCAACAAAAAAAGUUCUGGACCUUUUUUUCACAUAAUUUUUUUGUCCGAAAUUGUUGAAAAAGUCGAUUUGGAACGGUUCGAUAAGCCACCGAGGUGUAAGGUUUUUGCCUUAAGUUGGCAUUUUACUUCGGCUUAGUGAAAGAAAAAAAUUAGUAAAAAAACAACAAGAAAAAGAUAACAGAGCCCCAAAAAACCUUGGAACGGAAAGUAAACCAAAAAGACGUUUUUUUGCAUUGACAAACUUGUUUUAAAAUCAUCAAGCACGGCAACUUUUCGUAACUUUGCGAACCCGUUUCAACCACAAAAAUGAAAAAUUUGUGCUGGACAUUGAAAAAAAAUUUCAUAAUAAAUAAAUGUGUUCUCGUUUUAUAAUUUGACUGACCAUUAUUCCUAUCCUCAUAAAGAAAAAUGAGAAAAAAAGAAAAAAAUUAUAAACAUCUCUAUUCUUAUUACACCCUCAGUAAAGGUUAAUUAAUAGCGCGAAAAAGAAAUAAAUAAGGAGCAAAAGUAGUUCGGACUGUGUCAACACCCAAAGCUUGCUGCUGACCCGUGUCCAGAAAGAUGACAAAAAAAAUAUUUGGAGACCAGUAGCAGAAAAAGAUGAGAGAGAACACCUCGAAGCUGACUAAAGAAUUGGUUACGAAAUUUAGUUGUCUUAGUGAGCAAAAGCUUAUAAAAAAAAUUCAAUCAUUUUUUAAAGUUAAAGUUUGCUUUAAUAAUUCUAACCAAUUUUCUUCCGAAAAAUUUCUGGUUGAAACUAGCAAUUCAUUUCGGUACUUUGAAGUUCCGUAUUUGAUACAAUGAUAAGUUCGAAAUUUCAGAAAAAAAAAAUCAAAGUUUAGCUCAAAGUUAAAGCUGAAGUUUUACUUUGUUGUGACAUUAAACAAUGAGAAACGGUUUAGUAUGAAAUUUACAACGAAAAAGCCAAAAAAAUUUAUUGAGUCUUAUUUGAGUCAUCAUUCUACAAGUCUCACUCAAGUCGAGGAUUUCCAAAGAAAAAAUUAAAAAUCCGGAGCGAAAGUUAGAGGAAGUGAAGUGGAACUCUCAAAGUUGUCAUAUCCGUAAGCUUGAAAGACGAAAAUUCAAGCCAUAGAAGUUAUCAAAUGCUUAAGAACGUUCGACUACUUGAAAAAGAGCCAAAAAAGGAAGUCAGAUGAUGGAAGUCAAAAGAGCGGGUCGUGCAAGGUAAAGGCCAGCCGUGUGGAGUCCGCGGCGCGGCGCGGCCGGUCGCCGCGCAGCCGGACGCCGAGGUGA